AUGUUCAACGUCGCUGGAUUCUACUUUGUUGGGGAUGAGGAUCUUCUUGAGAUUAUUGGUAACAGCAAGAAUGUUCCUCGUCUUCAGAAGCAUUUCAAGAAAAUGUUUGCUGGUGUUCAUUCCAUUCAGUUGAACGAGGAUAUCACUCAAGUUCAAGGUCUAUUGUCAAAAGAGGGUGAAGAGGUCGUUCUUAUGCAUCCUAUUUCAUUGACCGAUAACCCGCCUAUCAAUGAUUGGCUCACCCAGCUGGAAAAAGAGAUGCGAUUUUCGCUUGCUUCCUAUUUGGGAAACGCUAUUUCUGAGCUCCAGGUUGGCUACUUUAAAAAACGCAACCUACGUUACAUUUUCUGA